UCCCGGCUCAGCCGCUGCGGUUGUUGUCCUGCCCCUCCCCCGCCCCGCUCGGUCACUCGCAGCCCGGCGCUCCGCCCCGCACCGGGAUCGGGGACGCCGUGACCCCGUCCUGCGCCGGAGCAUCCCGGGACCGCGCUGCGCUCCGCGUGCGGACCAUCUGAGUGAGAACCGUGUUGAGUUCACAAGACCGCGACAUAAACAUUGAGGCCAGGGAGGAGGCGAAGGGGAUCUUGCACUCCUUUUAAAACCUCAAACAUGGGAAAGUCUCUUUCUCAUUUGCCUUUGCAUUCAAAUAAAGAAGAUGGUUAUGAUGGGGUCACAUCGACAGACAAUCUGAGGAACGGAUUGGUUAGCAAUGAAGUGCAUAAUGAAGAUGGAAGAAACGGAGAUGUCUCUCAGUUUCCCUACGUGGAGUUUACCGGAAGAGAUAGUGUCACUUGUCCCACUUGCCAAGGAACAGGAAGAAUUCCUAGGGGGCAAGAAAACCAAUUGGUGGCAUUGAUCCCGUAUAGUGAUCAGCGAUUACGGCCAAGAAGAACAAAACUGUAUGUGAUGGCAUCUGUGUCUGUCUGCCUGCUGCUGUCUGGAUUGGCUGUGUUUUUCCUUUUCCCUCGAUCUAUUGAUGUGAAGUAUAUUGGCGUAAAAUCAGCUUAUGUCAGUUACGAUUUUCAAAAGCGAACCAUAUAUUUAAAUAUCACGAACACACUAAAUAUAACAAACAAUAACUAUUAUUCCGUUGAAGUUGAAAAUAUCACUGCUCAAGUUCAGUUUUCAAAAACAGUUAUUGGAAAGGCACGCUUAAACAACAUAACUAAUAUUGGCCCACUUGAUAUGAAGCAGAUUGAUUAUACGGUACCCACAGUUAUUGCUGAGGAAAUGAGUUACAUGUAUGAUUUCUGUACACUGGUCUCCAUCAAAGUACACAACAUAGUACUCAUGAUGCAAGUAACUGUAACAACGACGUACUUUGGACACUCUGAGCAAAUAUCUCAGGAGAGGUACCAGUAUGUGGACUGUGGAAGGAACACAACGUACCAGUUGGCCCAGUCUGAGUAUCUAAAUGUCCUUCAGCCACAACAGUAAAGCCUGAAGAGCAAGGACACACCCGAGGUUUGCUCAGAACUGUCUGUGAGGACGCACUGCCUAGAAGGAACUCUCGAAUUGAGCACGUCUAAAGUGUACCCUAGGACACUGAGGGCUCAGAUGACGGAAUCUGCUCCUUAGGCGGUUACUGGACUCUUGUUCUGUGUUGAUGAUUUGCUCAUACCAGGAGCCCUUAUUCGAUUGUAAGUUAACUGAUUGGCUCUCUUCUUAUAUUCGUUCCCAAGGUGAAAAAUGAGACUUCCUCUAAAUACAAUAAGUAAUUAUAUAAAAAUCAUAGACUUAAUCUAUAGCUCUAUUGAUAAUAUAGUUCACUCAUGAACAUAAUUUGAAAAAUAACUUCUGAAGAUUUUUAUAUGAAAUUACUGAAAGUCAUGGAGGACUUUUAAAAACUAACCUGUUUUAUAAAUUCCCAUUCUUACAUGAUGGUAGUCUUUUGACUCUAUGAUAACUUAACUAUUAGCUAAAUGUUUUUAGCCUUUAAUUUGUUGAAAUUCUACUCAUUUGCAUGUUUUUGUCUUAUUUUUAGCUAAUGGUUGCAUCAUAUUUACCAACCAUAACAGUAUGCAAAAUUCUGUUCUACACUUUGUAAGAACCUCUUAGUAUGUGCUUCAUGAAUUUUGUGUGAUCAUCAAACAUAUUCCUUUUGUGUACAAUAUUGUAAAUAAACUGCAUGGCUUUUAUACAGCUUUGAUAAAUGUCAAAUGAAGUGGUACUGAUUGAGAAGUAAAGCAAGUUGUUCACAAAAAAUAAAACAGGGCAAUGAAAUUCAGAAAUCUAUAAAGUAACAGUAGAUUCUGACAACUUGUUAGAUCUGGCAUAAAAUAGAUAUAUAACAAAACAGUUUGAUGCUUUACUUUUAUGUUGCUUUUCAUAUUAAAAAUUACAUAAAUAUUUUUCACAAUGAUUAGGUAUCAUCAAUUUUAUGAAUGCUUUAUGGAGGGAAAUUAUUUUUUACUAAAAAUUAUUCAAGAAAUCCUUUCAUUGAACAUUGAUGGCGGUAUCAAAAUAAAACCUGUAGUUUGCUUUUAAA